AUGGGGAGUGCUCUUGCUCAUGCAGUGCUGGCUGAUAAUAUACCCUUGGCAUCCUUUCUCCUUGCUGAUGCUGGCGUCGACCCAAAUGAGCCCAGGAUGUAUGGGGGGCGGCCUCCAAUUGUAUCAACAGCGCACCUUGGGAUGUUUGAGAUGAUGGACUUGCUCAUGAAGCACGGCGCUCAGGUCAAGGGGACCAAUGCACUGUUUAAUGUUAUGACUAGUGAUCGCAUGGAUGUGCUUUCCUACCUGGUAAACAGAAAGGGUGUGGACGUCAACACGAUUCAGCCAGUUGAAGAGUCAGGAGAACUUAUUCCUGGGCCAGUAUUGCAUCUUGCAGUUCAAAUGAGGAACUCAAAAUGGGUGCGGCUUUUGCUCAAGAAGUUUGGAGCAAAUCCAUUGGUCAAGGAUCAAAGUGGGAAAACGGCUGUGGAUUGGGCAAGGUGCAUCGGUGACCCUGCUAUCCAUAAACAGCUUGAUUUGACAUACAGCAAAUGCCAGAUUAUCUAG